CGCAGCCCGCGGGCCGGGACCGGAAGGCCGCUCGGGACGCUGCGGAGGGGCCGGGCGGAGGGCUGGCUGCGCGGGCGGCGGGACCAGCCCGGCCGGCGCAGGACAGCCCGGCGGCGGGAGGGCGGGGUGCGCGGGAGGAGCCGAGCCUCGUGCCGCCGCCGCCGCCGCCGCCGCCGCCGCCAGGCCUCCUCCAGACCCCACGCCCUGUGAACCCACAGGCUGGUUUUUCUGGUUUAUUCCCUUGGGCAAUUUGCAUAUUUCUCCAAAGAAGCUGAACAGCCUGUUUUCAGACUUAGAGAAAAGGGAAGGCCCACCGUUGUUUUCUGAAAUCUGGGGCUGGAUAUGGCCACAUGGGACAGAUCAAGCCAGAGGCUGCCUCAGGCAGCCGAGCCAGGCGUGGAGGGGGAGCCACAUCUGCCCACAGGCCGAGAACUGGCCGAAGCCAACCGCUUUGCCUACGCCGCCCUCUGUGGCAUCUCCCUGUCCCAGCUAUUUCCAGAACCUGAGCAAAGCCCCUUCUGCACAGGGUUUGUGGCCAGCCUGGUGAAGUGGCUGGAUUUGUCUGAAGCCGUCUUGCCAACUAUGACUGCUUUUGCCAAUGGCCUGGGAGGCGAAGGAGCAGACGUGUUUGCUCAGAUUUUAUUGAAGGACCCCAUCCUGAAGGAUGACCCAUUAGUGAUCAUUCAGGACCUUCUGAGCUUCUCACUCAAGGAUGGGCACUAUGAUGCUCGGUCCCGAGUCCUGGUUUGCCACAUGAUCUCCCACCUCCAGCUGCCCUUGGGGGAGCUGGAUCUGCUGGAAGAGACAUUCCUUGAGAGCCUGAAGGAAACCAAAGAGGAGGAAUCUGAAACGGCGGAGGCAUCCCGGAAGAAGAAAGAAAACCGGAGGAAAUGGAAGCGCUAUCUCCUGAUAGGCUUGGCGACUGUCGGAGGUGGGACAGUGAUCGGUGUGACUGGGGGUCUAGCUGCCCCUCUCGUUGCCGCUGGUGCCGCGACAAUCAUUGGCAGUGCCGGGGCAGCCGCUCUGGGCUCAGUGGCUGGCAUAGCUGUCAUGACCUCGCUGUUUGGCGCAGCUGGAGCUGGUCUGACAGGGUACAAGAUGAAGAAGCGCGUUGGAGCCAUCGAAGAGUUCACAUUUCUGCCUCUGACGGAGGGCAGGCAGCUGCACAUCACCAUUGCCAUCACGGGGUGGCUGGCGUCCGGCAAAUACCGCACCUUCAGCGCCCCAUGGGCAGCCCUGGCCCGCAGCCACGAGCAAUACUGCCUGGCCUGGGAGGCCAAGUACCUGAUGGAGCUCGGCAACGCCCUGGAGACCAUCCUCAGUGGUUUGGCCAGCGUGGUGGCCCAGGAGGCCCUGAAGUACACGGUGUUGUCUGGCAUUGUGGCUGCCCUGACCUGGCCAGCCUCACUCCUUGCUGUUGCCAAUGUCAUCGACAACCCCUGGGGAGUGUGUCUCCAUCGAUCAGCAGAGGUUGGCAAGCAUCUGGCCCACAUCCUGCUCUCCCGGCAGCAGGGCCGACGACCCGUCACCUUGAUUGGCUUCAGCCUGGGAGCGAGAGUCAUCUACUUCUGUCUGCAAGAGAUGGCUCAGGAGAAAGAUUGCCAAGGGAUCGUUGAGGAUGUCGUCCUGCUGGGGGCCCCCGUGGAAGGAGAAGCCAAGCACUGGGAGCCUUUCCGGAAGGUGGUGUCUGGGAGGAUCAUCAACGGCUACUGCAGGGGGGACUGGCUGCUGAGCUUCGUGUACCGCACGUCGUCCGUGCAGCUCCAUGUUGCAGGCCUACAGCCUGUGCUGCUGCAGGACAGGAGGAUGGAGAAUGUGGACCUGUCCUCAAUUGUCAGCGGCCACUUGGACUAUGCCAAGCGGAUGGACGUCAUCCUGAAGGCUGUAGGCAUCCACACCAAGGCAGGCUGGGAUGAAAAAGGGCUCUUGCUGGCCCCAGGCAGCCUGCCCCAAGAGGGGCCUCCCCAGGCAGCAGCCACCUCCUCAUCAGGCAAGACCAUCCCCCAGGACGGGCAAACCCAGAGUCCUGCACCCGGAGACACCCCCAGAGGAGCCACGUCCAGUGACCCCAGCAACUCCCGAUCUGAAGGGGCCUCCCUUCCUGCUGCUGCCAGCCCCGCAGAGAGCCCCCGGGUCUGCAGCCACGGCAUGGGCCCCAACCCCCUGGGCUGCCCUGACUGUGCCAGCAAGACCCAGGGACCCUGCCCAGGGCUGGACUGACCCCAGCAGCGGGCCCGAGCCGUCUUCCCUGAUUUCUCCAUGCCACCCUCAGCACCUCCCUCACAUUCCCCACGCAAGGGCCUCUCCUAAAUUGAAGGCACUGGACCAGAGGGAGGAGGAACUGUAGGAGACACCUUCCCUCCCUGGGGAGGCAAGGCUUGCGCCUGCAGAGUCAACCAGGCACAGUCAGGAGCCCAGGACUCUACCAGCCACAGGCUUCCUGGACAUCAGGUCACAACUAUAGGGUCUGCCUGUCCAUCAGGGGGUGCAGGGGACUCUCUGGGAGAUGAGCCUCCUGUACCACCACUCCCCCUACCUCAGUAAUCUGCCUGCUUUUCCCUCCACACUCCAGGGCUGCCCGCCGGCCCACGAGCUCCACAGACACUCCUGCAGCAGGCCCAGGUAGGGCACUGGCAGCUUCCUCUCUCUUGCCUUGGGAGAUCUGAUCAGACCUGCCACAUACAGCCAGGCGGACUGUGACUGAACAGCUACCAGCAUCGUCAAUCCUGUAGACAGGAUUUGACGGGCGCCCCCCACCAAAUUGUGCUCCACGCUGGCCCUGGAUAUAACAGCUUAGUGAAUAAAUGCCGAGUCAGUGUGCACUGGGGGUGGGAACUGGGCCUGGGACAAGAAUGAAUUAAAUGGAGGAAGGAUUUCCUGUAACAGGAGCAGAGGUGGUGAUGAUUAUAAUAAUAAAUAAUAAUAACUACCACUAAUUGAC